UCCAUAUUCAAUUAAUGUGUUCGUGUGUGUCUGUUUGCGUGCGCACUGAACAUGCUAAAUAAGUAUGGUUAAUUGAGAUAUUUAUUGACUCAUGAAUAAGUUACAAUGAUUGAACUUUGAUGUUAUCUAUGUGCUAAUACUCGUUUAGUAGCCCUGCCCAGCAGCUGACCUAGCUCAGCCGCUGAACAGGUAAUACAGGUGAGACCGCGCUGUACAGAUUUGACCCGCAUAGGCUACACACUGUCGUCGUCGACAGAAAGCUAAACAGCCACCACAAACCUCGUCAGUAUCAGGAGGGUAACCUUUCCAGAUCUCUUUUGAACGGAACAUCGCAUUUGAACAAGAACAGAAGAGUAACGAUAAGUAAAAUAUCCUACUGUGAAAUAGAUGUCUGCCCCCCUCGGUCCAGACAUGCCUGUGCCAGUACCUAAACCAAGGACUCGCUACAAGCGGGCUGGAGGGAGCCCACAGAUCCAACUCUCUUGUGAUCGGGAUUUGAUACACGAUACACCUGACACAGGAAUUCAUAGCAGAGGUAUUCCACCCGCAAAUGAUUUGCUGGCAGAAAAGGAAGACAACCCUGCCAUUAUCCUAAAUAAGCCUGCCAUUACCAGCCCAGCGGAACAGAAUCCAAGCCAGUGUAACUUCCUUCUCUUCAGAUCUGAUUCUGGAGUGACUCCAGUACUGGACAGUAAUGGACUCUGUCCAUCUGUCUGGUUGUCCUUCUCUCCACACAGUCCGGCUGCGGAUACUGACCCCUACGUCAGUCUGGCUAAGGAUACUGACCCCUACUUCAGUCCGGCUGUGGAUACUGACCCCUACGUCAGUCCGGCUGCGGAUCCUGACCGCUACGUUAGUCCGGCUGUGGAUACUGACCCCUACGUCAGUCCGGCUGCGGAUACUGACCCCUACGUCAGUCCGGCUGCGGAUACUGAUCCCUACGUCAGUCCAGCUGCGGAUACUGACCCCUACGUCAGUCCGGCUGCGGAUACUGACCCCUACGUCAGUCCAGCUGCGGAUACUGACCCCUACGUCAGUCCGGCUGCGGAUACUGACCCCUACGUCAGUCCGGCUGCGGAUACUGACCCCUACGUCAGUCCGGCUGCGGAUACUGACCCCUACGUCAGUCCGGCUGCGGAUACUGACCCCUACGUCAGUCCGGCUGCGGAUACUGACCCCUACGUCACUGACGUAGCUGACUGGGAAAAAUGCCCUGGAUCUGAAUCGUCCAAUGAUGACGAUGCCGUUACUGAAGAAAUAAAGAACCCAUCCCACAUGAACAAUGUGGCGUCAGGGCAUGUUUGUAUUGGUGUUGUCCCCAGCGGGAAACCUCCUGUGGAAAAAGAGUCUAUGCAGACCAGACCUCUCAAACAGAAGAUCCCACGUGCGGCCACCAUCCGUGUCAGCAGGAGAAAACAGGCAGCAGCGAGCGGUGGUGCUACCCAGGCAGCAGAGUCCUCUCGUAGGGAGAAUGUGGUGUCCCGAUCCAGCUGGCUAGAUGUAUGGAAGGGCCGCAGGCACAAUGUUCUGUGGGCCACGCUGGAUGGACCGUUGGUAUCAUUUUGGAAGAAACGCACAGACAAGUUCACAGACCUAGUGUUCCAUGUGUCAAGCAUCACCAACGUCUGCAAGCAGGACAAAGGACGCUUCUCCCUUUACUUCUGCAAGAAACACUUUGAGUUCAUGGCGCACAACAAAGCGGUGCAGGAGGGCUGGGUGACGUCCCUCCUGGCCUCUCGUGGAUGGGACCCCCCAGCCCCUCCGGAGCAGCAUGGAGCCCUGACCAUGAAGGACCCUCGCAGCAACAGAGUGUACGCGGCCAUCUGUGGACACAACCUAUGGAUCUACAACAACAAAGAGGACUUCCAGUUGGGGGUUGGGCUGACCUAUGUGUCCAUGAACGUGGCGUCAGUGAAGCAGACUGGCCGUCAUAACUUCAGCCUCAUCACACCGUACAAAACCUUCAAUUUCUCCACAGACUCAUCGAGGGAGCUGGCGGUGUGGCUGGGGAGUCUGAACCAGGUCAUUGUCAGUGCCCUGUCAUGCAGUGAGGUGGCCCACCGACUCUGGGCCAGCCCAUGGAACAAAGUGUGUGCCGACUGUGGCAGUGCCAACCCCGAGUGGGCCUCAGUUAACCUGCUGGUGGUCGUCUGUGAGGCCUGUGCAGGUCAGCAUCGCUCUUUGGGCAUCCAUGUCUCCAAAGUGAGAAGCCUGAAGUUGGACAGUAAAGUGUGGACUGAACCUUUGAUUCUGCUAUUUGUCUAUUAUGGGAACAAAGCAGCCAAUGAUGUAUGGGGUCACAAUGUGCCGGGUGCAGAGCAGAUCCUGCCAGACUCCUCUGUGGAUCAGAGGGGGGACUUCAUCAGGGCCAAGUACACCAAGGGCCGAUACAGAUUCACCCAUCCUCUAGCCUCCAGCCAGAGACUGCUCAACCAGAGGCUGUGUGAGGUGGUGUGUGGCCCUAAUGUCCCAGAGACCAUGUCAUUGUUGUGCUCGGGGGCCCGGGUCCUGUGCCACUCAGGGGACUCUCAGUGCCCCACGCCCAUCUCCCUGGCAGAGCGGGCUGGACAGGCCAUGCAGACGGAGCUGCUCAGACACAACGAGUACACAGAUGCCCCUGCCUAUGUUCAUCAGGUCACAGGGUCUCUGCUGGGCACCUCUGACCCUCCUUCUGCUGCAGGAGAGGAGGAGCUCCAUGGGAAGUUGGAGGAGGACCGCUUCCUGUUCUCCCAGGAGAAUGACUCUGCAGCCUGUGAUGUUCUGGACCUGAGGGAGGUCAUCUCCAUUUUCCACAGCUCCAACGGAUCGACUCAUGAGUUUGAAAUGGUGACUCUGACGGACGAGUUGGUAUGCAAUGCUGACACUGAAGAGGGUCUACUGAAUCACCUGCUUCAUAUUCUCAGGGUGGUGUUGCCCGGGCCCAUAGAUGAGGAGGAGCUGGAUGGGGUGUUUGCUGUGUCCCGGGUGUCUCUGAGGGAGGGAGGAGGCCUGCAGCACACUGAGGUCUGGGCAGUGCUCCGUGGAGGUCAGGUCCUCGUCUAUCCUACUGACCAGCAGCGCCACAGAGAGAGGCUAACACUCAACCCUAAGACUCAAUACAAGAUAGAUUCCUCUGAGAACACCAUAGAGCUGGUCACUGGAGAGAGAACCAUGUCCAUGCAGUUUGAACGAGACCACAGCUGUCAGUCCUGGCACAGCCUACUGAAACGGGCAGUGACCACAAAGAGGAAGCAGCGCCCAUCACUGUACGAGCUGCCACCCAACGCCAUUGGCAAUGUGCCCCCUGCCAUUGAGAGGUGUAUCUCACACAUCACACAAUAUGGCCUGAAGGUGGAUGGACUUUACCGGCGCUGUGGCUUGGCCACUAAGGUCAGCAGUCUGGUGGAAGCCCUCAGCAGAUCACCUAAAACUGCCCCUCUGGAGAAAGAUGAACAGGGUCUCCUGGAUGCUGCAGGGGCCCUGAAGCAGUAUGUCCGCCAGCAGGUGGUGCUCAUCCCUCAGACACAAAGGGAACUGUGGGUCAAGGCUGCAGCCCACACAGAAGAGAACCUUAGACUGGCUACCUACCGCAGACUCCUGAAGAAGCUGCCCCCUGACAACAGAAUCACACUCAACGCCCUGUGUGGACACUUCUACAUAGUUCAGCUGUACAGUGUAGAGAACCGUAUGACAGCUCAGAACCUGGCGCUGGUGUUUGUCCCAACACUGUUCCAGGAGCUGGCCAUGAACACAAACAUGGUGCGCCUCACCAGAGAACUCAUCAUACACCACACACUCAUCUUCCUGGGUAAAGAACAAGAGUCUGACAUGGAGAAUGAAGAACUCAUAACAAAAUUAUAGAAAAACACAUGUAUAUAUUUGGCUUUGGCUGUCAAAGAAAGCUUAUCUGGGAAAGAUAUAUUUGGUUACAUAGUGCCCCUAGUUACAUAGUGUAGUUUUCACAACUUCUUUGAACUACACAUUUAGGCCAUGGACUGGAUUAAACUUCUUUUUUCUGAUAUAUUCAUUUGGGGAUUAUUGUAAUUUAGGUGAUGGUAAAAUAAUAACAAACCAAGCUCAAAUUGUAUGUUGUUAGUGCCUUCAGAAAGUUUUCACACCUUUUGACUUUUUCCACAUUUUGUUGUUGCAGCCAGAAUUGAAAAUAGAUUGAAUUGAGAUUUGUUGUCCACUUUGACAUUUUUUUUUAAAUGUGUAAAACAUUUAAUGCUGAAAUGUCUUGAGUCAAUAAGUAUUCAUCCCCUCAGUUAUGGCAAGCCUAAAUAUACUGACCAAAACUAUAAACGCAACAUGCAACAAUUUCAAAGUAAAUCAGUCAAUUGAAAUGAAUGAAUUAGGCCAUAAUCUAUGGAUUUCACAUGCCUGGGAAUACAGACAUGCAUCAAUUGAUCACAGAUACCUUAAAAUAAAGGUAGAGGCGUGGAUCAGAAAACCAGUCAGUAUCUGGUGUGAUCACCAUUUGCCUCAUGCAGCGCAACACAUCUCCUUUGCAUAGAGUUGAUCAGGCUGUUGAUUGUGGCCUGUGGAAUGUUGUCCCACUCCUCUUCAAUGGUUGUGCAAAGUUGCUGGAUAUUGAAGGGAACUGGAACACACUGUCAUACAUCGAUCCAGAGCAUCCAAAACAUUCUCAAUGGGUGACAUGUCUGGUGAGGUAUGUAGGCCAUGGUAGAACUGGGACAUGUUCAGCUUCCAGGAAUUGUGUACAGAUCCUUGUGACAUGGUGCCUGCAUUAUUAUGCUGAUAACAAGCUGAGUUUUACAGAGAAUGCAGACUGUAUUUUUUUUUUUGAAAGCAAGCCAACACCUGUUCUUAAUCAGGAAAUUAAAAGGGUUUGGGGUCAGCCAGGAUGUUCUGGAGAGGGUGUACAGCAGCUUGGUGGAGAGCAUCCUCACGUUCAAUAUGACAGUCUGGUAUGUUAAUCUGAGUAUGAGGAGCAAAAGCAAACUGACCAGAAUAGUACACACAGUCAGCAAAGUAAUUGGUCGACCACAUGCACACUUGAGCAUUCUAUUCCACAAGGCAACCAAAAGGAAGACACUGGCUGUCGUUGGCGACCCCUCCCACCCUCAGGUGGCGACCCCUCCCACCCUCUACACCCUCAGGUGGCGACCCCUCCCACCCUCAGUUCAAGAGACUUCCCUCUGGCCGGCUCUUCAGAAUGCCCAUGGCCAAGAAGAACAUGUUCAAACAUUCAUUCCUUCCUUGUGCUGUUGGACUACUAAAUACAAAAUGAAAGGUAUCGGAAUAUGUACUUAUCUAUCUAGUGCAGUUGGGACAGUGGUCAUUUGAGUGAAUGUAUUAAUGUCCUCAAUGUUGUUAGUGUAUGCAACAUGAUGGACUGACUGGUUUAAAUGUGUAUGAUGUGAUUAUUUUAAUGGAAGGUGAUGCCAAAGACAAAUGUCAAAGUUUUAUUCUAUUCUAAACAUGAGGUGAUGGUGGCGGUUGAAUGGCACAAUGGAUCUCGUCACGGUAUUUCUGCUUUCAAAUUGCCAUCGAUAAAAUGCCAUUGUGUUCAUUAUCCGUAGCUUAUGCCUGCCCGUACCAUAAUCCCACCUCCACCAUGGGGCACUGGGGUUCACUAAGUUGACAUCAGCAAACCGCUCGCCCACAUGACGCCAUACAGUCUAUGGUUGUGAGGCCGGUUGGGCAUAAUUCUUUAAAACGAAAAUGGGGGCAGCUUAAGGUAUAGACAUGAACAUUAAAUUCUCUGGCAACAGCUCUGGUGGACAUUCCUGUAGUCUGCAUGCCCCCUCAAAGCAUCUGUGGUAUUGUGUUGUGACAAAACUGCACAUUUUAGUGGCCUUUUUGUCCCCAGCACCUGUGUAAUGAUCAUGCUGUUGAAUCAGCUUCUUGGCAUGCCACACCUGACCGGGAGAUGGAUUAUCUUAGCAAAGUAGAAAUGCUCACUAACAGGGAUGUAAACAAUUCUGUGUACAACAUUUGAGAAUAAGUAUUCUGUGCAUAUGGAACAUUAUUUCAACUCAUGAAACAUGGGACCAACACUUUUUACAUGUUGGGUUUAUUUUUGUUCAGGAGUACAAAUGUAGUUAACAAGUCAUAAGUUGCAUGGACUCUGUGCAAUAGUGUUUAACACUGACUACCUCAUACCCAGAUAAUCGUAAGGCCCCUCAGUCAAGCAGUGAAUUUCAUACACAGAUUCAACCACAAAGACCAGGGAGAUUUUCCAAUUCCUUGCAAAGGACACCUAUAUGUAUAAAAAUGUAAAAAGCAGACAUAUCCUUUUGAGCACGGUGAAGUUAUUUACACUUUGGAUGGUGUAUCAAUACACUGUCACUACAAAGACACAGGCGUCCUUCAUAACUCAGAUGAAGGAAACCGCUCAGUGAUUUCACCAUGAGGCCAAAUGGUGACUUUUUAAAACGGUUUACAAUUAAUGGCUGUGAAACUGAUGGAGCAACAGCGCUGUAGUUACUCCACAAUACUAACCCAACAGAAACAAAAGCCUGUACAGAAUUAGAAUAUUCCUUUUUGCAACAAGGCAAUAAAUGUGGCAAAGAACAAGUGAAUUUAUGUUUGGGGCUAAUCCAAUACCUUACAGAGCAUCUCACGCCAUAUUUUCAAGGAUAGUGGUGGCUGCAUCAUGGUUAUGGGUACGCUUGUAAUAGUUAAGGACUGGGGAGUUUCAAGACACAAAAAGUAAACGGAAUAGAGAUAAGCACAAGCAAAAUCCUAGAGGAAAACUUGGUUCAGUCUGCUUUCCACCAGACACUGGGAGAUUAACCUUUCAGCAGGACAAUAACCUAAAACAAAGCCAAAUCUACACUGGAGUUGCUUACCAAGACAGUGAAUGUCCCUGAGUGGCUGAAGUAGUUGACUUAAAUCUGCUUGUAAGUGUGUGGGAAGACCUGAAAAUGGUUGUCUAACAAUGAUCAUCCACCAAUUUGACAGCACUUAAAGAAUACAUUUUUUUGUAAAACGUUGGACAAUCCAGGUGCAGAAAGUUCUUUAGAAACUUCCCAGAAAGACUCACAGCUGUAAUCGCUGCCAAAGGUGAUUCUAACAUGUAUUGACUCAGGUGGUUGAAUAUUUAUCUAAAUGUUUCAAUUUUUUUUAUACAAAUGUUAGAAUUUUUCUACUUUGACAGUAGAUUGUGAACCAAAAAAAUCUACACUGUGUAGAUCUACACUAACAAAAUGUGGGAAAAGUCAAGUGUUUGUCGUAUGACAUUUCUUAGAAAUAAAAUGUAUGACAAAGCAA